AUGUGCUCGGCAUUAAAAAAUAAACUUCCAACAUUAUGUCAAACACUUUUUGAAGCUAAAGCUGCGAAACGUAUAACAUUUGCAGAUAUUGGUAAAAAGAUUGAUAAAGAUGAAGUUUGGGUUGCAGCCGUUUUUUAUGGACAGGCUAAACCGGAAGAAUCAGAUUUAAAGAAAUUAAGUGUUGUGUUAGACAUCAAAGAAAAUUAUUUGACUACUGAACUUGGAACCAAGACUUAUUUUCCUGAUCGUGGAGGACUAUUUCAAAUGCCACCGACCGAUCCUGUUAUUUAUCGAUUUUACGAAAUUUUGCAGGUUUAUGGAUAUCCGCUCAAAGCGAUUAUUAACGAGAAAUUUGGUGAUGGGAUUAUGUCUGCAAUUGACUUUACUGCCAAGGGUUUGCCAUUUCAACAAGUGGCACAUCGUAUUGCUACCCUGGAUGCUCAACCAAGUAUCAAUAACGGAAUCAUUGUGAUGGUUACUGGCGAGUUGCUGGAAACCAAUGCACAAAGAUUCUCGCAAGCUUUUCAGCUCAUUCCUGAAGGUAGUACUUAUUGGGUGCUUAAUGAUGUUUUCCGUUUGAAUUAUGGUUAA